AAAUAAUUGUAUUGACAGUAGUAAAUUUGCAAAUGAAAUAUUAAAUAGAUCUUGUCGAUGGAGUUUAGAAAAGUUAACAGCAUAUUUGCUAAAAAGAAAACUCAAUAAAGAUUCAAAAGUAAGAAAAAGUAAAUGGCAUUUAUAUCCUUUAAGUAAUGAACAAAAAAUAUAUGCUGCAACAGAUGCCUAUGUUUCCUGGCUCUUACAUACAAUUAUACAAAAACAGGCAAAUGUUAAAAAAAAUAUGAUAUAAAAUGUUGAUAUUAAAAUUAUGUAUAAUAGUAAAAAAAAUUAAAUUUUGAAAAAAUAUAAUUAUAUUGUCUCAUUAUGUCUACAAAAAUAAUCAAAGUUUUGUGGACAGGUAGAUUAAGUUAUAAUUCUGGCCUUAAAUUACAAAAAAUAUUGUCUGAUCGACAUCAUCAGAAAUUAAAAGAUGAGAAUUGUAAUACAUUAAUAUUGAUUGAGCAUAAUCCAGUAUUUACAGUAGGAAUCAGAGAUAAAAUCUAUACAAUAGAAGAUGAAAAGAGAUUAAAAAAUUUAGGUGCAGAAUUUUUUAGAACAAAUCGAGGUGGUCUUAUAACUUUUCAUGGACCUGGACAAUUAGUAGCAUAUCCUAUAUUAAAUUUAAAGCAAUUUAAGAAUGGCAUUAAAUGGUAUGUUUGUCAAAUAGAAAAUAUGAUUAUUCGUUUAUGUGCAAAAUAUGGUAUCAAAGGUGAAAAAUCUUCUGAUACUGGUAUAUGGAUAAAUGAUAAAAAAAUUUGUGCUAUUGGUAUUCAUGGAUGUCGUUAUAUAACAACACAUGGUUUAGCUUUAAAUUGUAAUACAGAUUUAAAUUGGUUUAAUCAUAUUGUUCCCUGUGGUAUUGAGGGAAAGGGUGUAACAAGUAUUAGUCAAGAACUUAAUACAAAUGUUACUAUUCAAGAUGUAUUACCUUUAUUUCAAAAUGUUUUUCAAGAUCAGUUUGAAUGUACAUUAAUCGAAUAUUCAGUUGAAGAAUCUUCUCAAUUACUUAAACUUGUUAAUAAUAGUAUAUAUUAAUAUAAUAUUUAUUUAUUUUCAAAAAUAAUAAAUAAUGAUUUGAAAUAUAUUAAAACAUAAAUA